AAGUUCAACAACAGUAGAAGUACAAGCUUCUUGUGCAACACCCAAUAAACCCGAAACAAAAGAAGCAUAGUUGAAGGGCUAUUUUCAUUCUCGAUUCAGCCAUGCCGGCUUUAAAGAUCUUCGGUCAAAAGGUGUGUGAAGAAUGAAUCAUUUUGGAAACGAAAAGACGAAAACGACUYCCACAGUGACUUUUACUGGCAUCGUCUAUCCCUUGGUUUYUGACUGUCGUSCCUCGUACCUUAAGGGCCGCCCCUCGUUGCAUCUUAGCUGACUCUCUCGGUGUCAGCCAUUUACCACGAGCUGACGCAAUACUGAAUUUCUUCUUUCUUUUGGUUCUACCGAUCAUAUCUUCAUCGCUUACAUCUAUGUCUUCUCUUUCAAAUGWAUUAUGUUGCUUUAAUUUCAGCUGGCGAUGGCUGGAGAUGAUUUGCGCGUUUUAGUAAUAAUGCAUUCGAUCUGGACGGUUUUGCAGGCGACUUUUGCRAGUGGCCUUUUCGUGGCAACUWUAGAAARUGAUUUAGAACUAGUCGAAAAUUGCUAUGACGAAGGAACGGAUGAGAUUGUUUGGGCAUGGCUUUAUGCAACCACUUCUCUUAUUCUCUGCUUUCUUACGCUUUGUUUAGCGGUACCGUUGUUUUACUUCAGUGGRAAGGGAACACCUGUAGGUUKAAUCUCAGCAAUGAUUUGAGAUUUGAAGUAGUUUUUUCAUUAGUUGACUCACCCUUUCUUUCCGUUCGAAAAUYACUGUUGCGACUUGAUAGACCGACGAUAGUCCACGAAAGCCAAUCAAACGACUAUGUUAUUUCGAUACAAUUGUCAUGAACACUCUUCGGGUGGCCGUAUUCUCCCUAUCUAUCGUGCUUCUUCCUAAGGUUGAYAAGUAUUGCGAAUGCCUUGGUGAUUACGCAGUUGCUGAUUCCUUCAUGGACUUAAUUGAUGUAUGUGGCUUCGCACAAUGGGAAUUUUUGGUARCUUACAUAUGUCUGGCUGUGACGCACUGGAUUGAUAUAUUCUUCUAUGGCUUYACAAUUAUUUCMWUGACAUGUUGUCACCACAAACUUACUGCAAACGCKAAACUCAAGUUUGYGUCGUCAGAAAGAAAAUGUUCAUUGCUGAUGAAAUGCUGUAUUGGCUGCACAGGKAUCUUCACCUGCGGCAUCCUAGGUGGGGAUGAAGCAGUACGCAGUGACUUUGCAAACUUUUCCUUGCUCAUGGCCAACUAUUUGAAAGCCAACGGUAGACUCAAUCUGACUGUGUCUGAUAUUUAUGUAGGGUUGUACAUGGUUGCGUUGGAGAACAGACUGAAAAAAAUUGAGACAAAGAAUCGCCURAGGCAUGACCAUGGUUUAGUGUCAAAAGAACAUUCUAAGAAAAAAUCCUGUCUCUCUAUGCGAUCCGAGAGCACGCUUAACUCAGACAACAAUAGAGCCGAAGAAGAAGGARAAAAAAUGGCUAUUGAGGUCUUGYCGGAUGGAAAAGUUUUUGAAUCUGUACAACAAAAACCGAUUGAUAUGGAUGCUCAGUCUGACAAAGUAGAGAGAGGAGGAGAGAAGCUURCGACGGAAAUGCUCUCAAAACUAAACUCAAAAGAAGUUGACCUUAUCAACGAAGCYGCUCGCUUCAUGAUUUUGGCUGAGUCGGCAUAUACUAUAGCCGGAUAUAUGUUGAGGUACCCCUUUACUGGAUCAUGUUCUUUCUUCUCUCUUCUCCUUCGAAAUUGUGCGUGCUUUUCUACCGCGAGAUCAGAUCAYAUUGAGAAGGAUAAUGGUUGUCGUUCGCAUACGAUUGCUCUUAAAGCCCUAUCAGGAUUGACCGAUAAAGAUAUUGUUUAUGCUUACUACAGAGACACCGUUGAAGAGAUACCAUAUAUGAUUUUAUUGGAUCAUGAAUGGAAAUCCAUCGUAAUUUCGAUUAGAGGCACAAUGWCUCUGGAAUCAGCUGUUACUGAUUUCAAUGUUUCUCCAAARAAACUUACUAUUGAGGAUCUYGGGGAGGAAUCUGAAUCUGACGSUGUAGAAAAGUACUGUCACACUGGGAUGCUUUCUACUGCAAAAUGGCUGUAUAAAGAUAUGAAGAAACACAGCAAGUUGGAGAAGGCCAUGGCUGAUUAUGAAGGUUAUAAGCUGCGAAUUAUUGGCCAUUCUCUGGGGGCCGGAGUCGCAUCAAUUCUCUCGGUUCUGCUUAGACCAAAAUACCCUUGUCUUCAUUGUCUCGCAUUUAGCCCGCCUGGYUGUACCAUGAGUGAGAACCUUGCCAUCGAGACUGAGAAGUUUACAACUUCUUUUGUCGUGAAUGAUGAUAUCAUUGCAAGAUUAAAUGUUGAAAAUUUUGAGGAAUUGCGGGAUCGUGUUCUUGAAAUGAUCUAUCGUAUUAAGAUCCCAAAGUAUCAAGUAACAAACUUGGUGAAAAAGUAUGAUGAUUACUCUGUCGAGGGGAUAUCCAGGGCGAUUGAUGAAAUACUCUAUAAAAAAGAAGAAAUAAACGACUCUCAGUUUAAGCGUGAGGUGGAAGAAUUUUUGACAAAUCAAUCCCGGAUAAAAGCGGAGAACAGAGAUCAGUACAUCAAAUUAUGCCCACCCGGCUCUCUCGUUCAGCUUGUUCGGACCGACGAUGUUGUCAACGCGCAUGGAGAAAAACUGGGUCAACAYGUAGCGAGAUGGGCGAAACGAAGCGAUUUUGCAAACAUUGAACUUUCUUCAAAAUUCUUCGCAGACCACGAGACUAGUGGCGUCACAGACAAAUUAAGAUUAUUGGCUGAAGAGUCCUUUGCGCUACUGCCUCCUUUCAAACCAUUGCGAACGCAAGCUUGACUGCGUUGUCAUCCCCGUAAAAAUAGGAAGUAAAGCAGUUUGCAAAUUAGAAGCGGUAACUAUAGUCUCCAUGGAAGGCGUCCAAUUGACCUAUGGUUGAAUUUUUUCAUAUCGAGGAAUUUGGUAUCAAUUUCGUUUUUUUCUGUUGUGGCGCGCUUUAAUCAUUAUAGUAGGUUCUUGAGCACGAAACCGACCGAUGCCACAGCUCCCAAGAAAAUUUAAUAACAGCAAAAAUCACAAAGUUUCAAAAAAGUCUGGAUUCAUCGGCGGGACGCCCUCCUUGAAAAAUUUGUGUUCCAAGGCUUCGUUGGCGGUGAUUCGUUUUGCUGGAUCCAAUGCGAGUAGCUUGCACAACAGAUCGCGACCGUUUGCAUCCAGAAAGGUUUGCUUGAAGUGUGGAGGAGGGUUGAUUGGAAAGAGCUCGUACAGUCGUAUUGUCUUUUCUUGUUUCUCCGCUGACCUCCAUCGGAACAUUUUCGCAUUCGGCAAUUUCGAGAAACCAGGCCAUUUUUCCUCGGUCGGUCCCCCAAGCAUUGUAAAUAUCUUGUCGAUCUGAUCAAGUUCCCCCUGCCCCUGCAUCAUAGCCUCCUGCUGAAUCAACUCUCCAAAGAUACAACCAAUACUCCAAAUGUCGAUACUUGGCGUGUAUCUUGUUUCCCCGAACAGCAAUUCGGGYGCUCUAUAAUGAAGUGUAACGACGAGUUGCGUGAGAUUUGUUGAAGGUGGAUCCUGGAACCGCCGUGCCAAUCCAAAAUCACACAACGCGACCCGGCCCGCACUUUUAUGUACGAGUAUGUUGGAUGUCUUCAUGUCCCGAUGCAUGAACCAUUUCGAAUGCAUGUAAUCCAUCCCCCUCAAAAUUUGCUGCAUAAUCCCCUUCAACUCGGCUUGCCGCAACACAUUCGGGUACUUGCGCUUCUCCAUGGCUUCCUGUAAAUCCUUGUGAAAGAAUUCCAUGACCAUGAAUACCUUAUCCGCACCACUCCCGACCACCAUCUCUUUUACGGACACAAUAUUUUCGUGGGAAGAAAGUGCCAUCAAAACAUUGAUCUCGCGAAAGGCUGUGACGGGGAAUCCUUGGACCUGUAAUAGCUGUUGUUGAUCCUCGAAUUUGAUUUGUUUCAGUGCGACGAUUUCCUGGGUGGCCAGAUCUCUCGCUUUCCAAACGAUCCCGUACGUUCCCUCGCUCAGCCUAGCWAUUCGGU